CAUCUUUCCUUUGCUUGUCACUUCCACCCAGCCUAAGCUAAUAUUCAUUUCACUGAAAGCCAUUAUUAUUUGGUAGAAGAAGAAGAAGAUUAAGAAAUCGAAGAGAUGGAAGGACUUCAGUCUUGGGUUUCAAAGCACAAGCUCACUAGCAUUGGAGCAUUAUGGGCAACUGCAGUUGGAGGAUCAUUAGCUUAUACAAGAACAAGAACUCCUCUUAAGCCGAGUCUCAGGCUUAUACAUGCUAGGAUGCAUGCACAAGCCAUAACAUUGGCAGUUCUCUCAGGUGCUGCAAUUUACCAUUACUAUGAGAAGCAAGAAGAGAAUGUGGCUUCCGGUGUUACUAAUGCUCCUAACAAAUAAGAAGUCUCUGCUAUGGUUUCUAUCUACCAACAAUCUUUACUAGGACUUUUCUCCAACAGUACUUUAUAUUUACAUGGGGGAGUUUGUAAUGGGGAAGGGUCUAAUUUACUAAAAGAAAAUUGAAGUUUUGUACCUGCUCUUCCAAGUUGUCUGGAACUUGAUAAUCGUAUAUGUUGCUUGCUGUUUCAAAUAAAUCAUUCGGCUUCUAUA